GAUGGACGGUCGUCAGCAAUCCGAUCUGCCUGGGGCUGAGAUUCGCUCUGCAAAGGAUGCAUGAUAUGGCUUGCAAAUGCAAUGCAAGCUGCUUUCUCCCUGACAAAAGCGCAGCGCAUCUUUGCGCUCUUUUCUUCUCAUCUUUUCGAAAUCUGCGCUUCUUCCCUUAUCCAGAAAGAUGGCGUCCUGUGCUGCCGUUGCCCGGGGUCUGUCCACGUCCUUCACCGCUGCCGCCAGCAGCAAUGCUUCGAGCAGCGCUUGCAAUGCAAAGGCGGCGCUUCCCUUAGGAUCCUUCAAGUCUGUGGCCCGUAAUGGCCGGCAGGGAGCUGCCGUUCAGGCUCUGAGCGCCAGCGCUAGCCUCUUCAAUGGCCAGAGCAUUGCUCACAAGAGCGCAAAGAAGAGCCAGAGGACCGCAGCAAGGGCCAGCAAGAAGGCCAUCACCGCAGAGAUCGGAGACUCGCUGGAGGAGUUCCUGGAGAAGACCAUCCCCGAUCAGAAGAACCUUGCACGCCUGCUCAUGAGCCUGGGUGAGGCCCUGCGCACCAUCGCGUUCAAGGUGCGCACCGCCAGCUGCGGCGCCACCGCCUGCAUCAACACCUUCGGAGACGAGCAGCUCGCCGUCGAUCUGCUGGCUGACAAGCUCCUGUUCGAGGCCCUUAAGUUCAGCCAUGUGUGCAAGUAUGCCGCCUCUGAGGAGAACCCCGAGCUCCUAGACAUGGGCGGCCCCACUGAGGGCGGCUUCAGUGUUGUGUUCGACCCCCUCGACGGCUCCUCCAUCGUUGACACUAACUUCACGGUUGGCACCAUCUUCGGUGCGUGGCCUGGGGACAAGGUCGCCGGAACCACCGGGCGUGACAUGGCUGCGGCUGGUAUGGGCGUGUACGGCCCCAGGACAACGUACGUGCUGGCCAUCAAGGGCGUACCGGGGACCCACGAGUUCUUGCUCCUGGAUGAGGGCAAGUGGUUCCACGUGAAGGACACCACCCACAUCGGCGAGGGCAAGCUCUUCUCCCCCGGCAACUUGAGGGCGACCUUCGACAACCCCGACUAUGAGAAGCUUGUAAACUACUGGAUUAGCGAAAAGUACACCCUGCGGUACACUGGCGGUAUGGUGCCCGAUGUCAACCAGAUCAUCGUGAAGGAGAAGGGUGUGUUCUCCAACGUCACCUCCCCCAGCACCAAGGCCAAGCUCCGCCUGGCCUUCGAGGUUGCACCCCUGGGUCUGCUCAUUGAGAACGCCGGAGGCUACAGCAGCAACGGCACCAUGAGCGUACUAGAUAUCCCCAUCCAGGGGAUUGACGACAGGACGCAGUGUGCUUAUGGGAGUUUGAACGAGAUCAUCAGGUUCGAGGAGUACCUCUACGGCAAGUCCCGCCUUUCAGAGAAGGCCAAGGUAGCCGCUUAAGCGCGUUGAAAUGUGUUUGAGGUCCGUGUCAGUGUUGAAUACCCGUUGAAUAGGGCAGCUGGCAGCCCCAAUCUUUUACAUCGUCACUGUUACGUUUUGGAGGACGCUCCGUGAGCUACAGGUGAAAACAGCCAACUGCCUUUAUAAUGGUUGGAGGAUUUGCGACAUGUCCGAUCUGUCAAUGACACGCGGCCACUUGUGAGUGACAUCUUGAAUUUGCGUCAAAUUCAUGCAUCAUCGCU